GUAUAAAGCGCACAGCCCCGCCGCUCGCGUCAGAUCGGGAGUGCGCGUUCAGGCAGGCAGACAAUCCGGACCCUGCGCACAGCUAUGACCCCGCUGCUCCCCACCCCGCCUGGAUUACCUCUGAACUAACUUCUACAUGUGGCCCCCAGCUCCGUCCUAACGCCGCGCCCCUCCCCGACCCCCCCUCCCCUCAUCCAGCCUCCCGCCGGCUCUCCUCCGAGCUCCCAACUCCCGCUCUCCAAGUCUCCAAGUCUCCGCUGUGAGUCCUGCGGCCAUGGGGCGCCCCGUUUCCCGCCUGCCCGGGCAGCUGAGGGCCACGAGCGCGCUGUGAGGUGGAUUUAUGCUCGUCGGAGUCGCAGCUUUGAUCAGCCGAGGGACAUUAGAGGAAGUUUGAGCUCCGGGAGGAUGCAGGUGACGUCUUGGUGCGCCGUGUUCCUCCUGAUGCCCGCCCUCUGCCUGGUCACAAGUGUCCAAGCAACAAGGUCGGACAUUGUAAAGUCUGGAAGCCCCAAAUCUACCCUAAAGCACAUGUGGACAGAAAAUGGUAAGGAAAUGUCCAUCAGUAGGCUGCUGUCCCAGACUUUACAUGGCAAAGAGAACAGCACAGCCUUGGACCUUCACUAUAACACUCCAGAGCCGUACUCAGAGCAAGACCUGUGGGACUGGCUGAGGAACUCCUCAGACCUGCAGGACUCACGGCCACGAGUUAAACGACGGCCCAUGGUUAAGACGGGUAAGUUUAAGAAGAUGUUCGGCUGGGGGGACUUCCACUCAAACAUAAAGACUGUCAAGCUCAACCUGCUGAUCACUGGAAAAAUUGUGGAUCACGGCAAUGGCACCUUCAGCGUGUACUUCCGACACAACUCCACAGGCCAGGGUAACGUUUCCGUCAGUCUGGUCCCACCAACCAAGAUAGUGGAGUUUGAUGUCACAGCACAGCAAUCUGUCAUCGAUGCCAAGGAUUCAAAAUCUUUUAACUGCCGUAUAGAGUACGAGAAGGUAGAGAAAGGCUCAAAGAACACACUGUGCAACUUCGACCCAUCCAAGACCUGCUACCAGGAGCAAACCCAGAGCCAUGUGUCCUGGCUCUGCUCCAAACCUUUUAAAGUCAUCUGCAUCUUCAUUUCCUUCUACAGCACCGACUACAAACUGGUGCAGAAAGUGUGCCCAGACUACAACUACCAUAGUGACACUCCAUACUUCCCAUCUGGCUGAUGUUCCUGAACAGCACACAAACAUCAAUGGAGGAAUGGAGCACAGACUGGGAUUCCAACUCAUCCCAGAGAAUGUGUAUGUUAGCCAUACUGUCCCUCAACGUAUCCAUACAAUCAUUUCAGUAGAUUUUUAUUUCUUAAGCAAUGAUUUGAGAUCUGUAGGCAGAGCAGUUACUUUUAAAUAUUACUAAAUGUGGUGUAAGAAGCUCAAAAUUAAUCAAAAAUUAUGUGAAAACUCUAAUUGCUAUCCUUUAGCUUUUAUUUCCCUCUGAUUUAUGUUGUGUUCCCACUGAUCCAUGCUUAGAUUGUAGAACCUUACAGGUUUUUUUGGGUUUAUGUGUCACUAAUAAACUGUCGUUUUGGUUUGUUUGAUGAUGAUUUACCAGUCUUAGUCAAGUUACAUUUGAAUUGAUUUGUUUUUCUAUGUCAUACUCAAUGCAUUAUUCUCUGAACAAAACCUUCUGGAAUGAAUACCUCUGCUGUGCUUCUUAGGCUCUGCAGUUUUUUUUUUCCCUGUGUAACUGAAAAGCAAAAAUAAACUUUUAAUUUAAAAACAAAGAAAAAAAUUAAAACAAACCCAGAUGUUUUUACAAAAACUGCAAAGCAGUUGAUGAUGAUAGAGGAUUCAAAUGUGGGUUUGGUGCUUUUUAGAAAUGUGAGGUGGUCCUAUCUAUUUAAGGGUGAGCUGAGAUUGAGCAUAAGCCAAGCACUUCUAAGACUAGUCAGAACAUAUAUACCACUGUUGAUCUGCAUUUCUCAUCAGUUUUCAAUAAGGUAUGAUCAGAUGUUGAGUCAGCUGGUUCAGGAUUGGGUUGAUCAAACACCUGACGGAUUAGGGGGUUUGGCUGUGGGGGCGGGGCUUGCUCAUUUUCACUCAGUAUAUAAACUGUAAUGUAUUGAAUUCUAUAUCUUAGAGCCUAAUUUGUAUGAAUGAUUUGUAUUGUACAUAGUUUAUGAAUUUAUGCUGCUUCUGUACAUGUCCCCCAUGAGCUGUGUGUUUAACCCCCCUUCUGCUCUUGUUCACCCCAUUGCUCGUUCUUGGUUCCUCUAUCGAACGAUAUGAUGUUGCUGCCCUAGAUGUGAAUUUCAUGAAAACAGCACUCCUGUACACAAGCUGUAAAACUGACUAAAUAUAUAAAAACUGUUCUCUGAUUUCAUUUUCCCCUUUUAUUGGGGUAUGGGGGGAGGGGGGUGGAGACAAAAGUGUAAACAACAACAGUAAAGUUUAUCACGUGAA